UUGGUUUAUAACAGUUCAGUUGAUUUAGUCGGGGGUUCCGGAUCACAGCAUAGUCUGUUUCACUGAUCUGUCUUAUCGAUUACAGAGUCAGUUACAAACCGAUUAAAAACGUACAGAUUUCUGUACGAAUACCAUAAUCCACCGCGCGAAUGCUAAUCUAAAAAUAGCCAGGCUUUCCCAAAGAGAAAUGUGUAGCUCAGGUUAAACCUUGGUAUUGAAUGCAUAUAGUACAUGUACAUUGUCUUAUUAAUCCUGAAAGGAUUGUUCAAUCACCUGACAUAACAAAUUAAACCAAAAACUAUGAAGGUUUAAACAAUACAGAUAAGCGCUUCCAGUCAGCUAUAUUGUCCUGUUGUAGAAUAGGACUAAGACAGUAGAAUUGCAUCAUGAGCAAGAUAUUGGAGAAGCCAGCAAGAAAACUGUUCCUGGUAGACUUAUGUAACUGUCGGGAAAUUAUUGACCAGCCCUCUCCUGGAAGUGAUGCUAGCUCUAUGAAGAAGUGGUCCACAAAUUGUUCAGGGACAAGUGUUAUGUUUUCUAUGGUUACAGUACAAGGUGUUGUUAUUGAGAUUAUGGACAAUGGGGACAGUUUACUGUUGGAUGAUGGAACGGCAGUUGCUCAAGUUAGAGGUUGCAAUAAAAUACCAUUUCAGACUUCAAAACCUGUCAAAGGACAUUAUAUAAUGGUAGUUGGUCAGCUACUGAAGACUGGACAGUGUCCACUACUGCGUGCCAUCAAGUUACAGAACCUCAGUCAUAAUGUUGCCAUGGCAACCAUCUGGCCACUCGAGGUCAUAGACGGACUUCAGCAAAAUCCAAAUAUAACCUGAAACUGUGACUGUGUAAUGAAUAUGAUUGUAUUGGUCUACUGUGUACAGCAGAGAUGCCAAAAACAUCUCUGAGAAUAACAUUACACUGUCAUAUUAAAAUUGAUAGAUUGUGUUUGAUUUACCCAUCUAUCUUUAUAAGUACUUGAUUAUACUCAAGAUGUGAAAGAGGGUUAUAAAAACUAAUUGUAAACAUUUUAAUUAUCUCUAGUAGCUGGAAAUUUCAGCCAUCCUCGGCCAUAAUUUUUUUGAGGAAUUGCAUUAUAAUAAGGACUUUGAUUUAUUAUUUAGUUUAUUAUUAUUGCAUCUAUGUAGAACUUUCAGAGCAAGUUAGUAUCUAGUAGAAAGAUGACAGAGAAAUAUAGAAAUUGUUCUUUUAUAAUUUUCACAAGUCAGUUUUAGCAAGGGAUUAUCUAUGACAAUGUAUUUUCAGCAAUAAAAUGUCUUGAAAGAACUGCUACUCUUUGGGACCUAUUCAAUGAUGCUAGUAGAAAUUAAGGGACCUGAAUAAAACCUAUUGAAAGUCCCAUCUAACCAUUUACUUACUUUAUGAUUACCUUGUGAUAUUCAAAAAAAUAUUGUAUUCUGUAUAAUUUUUGUGAAUUAAAUGACAAAAAAUGUCCUUUUUGAAAGAUGAUUAUGUACAGUGGAAUAUCAAAUCAUAAAAAAAUAUUUUCAAAAUGGAAUAUUUACAAUUGCCUUAUUCUUUUCCAUUGAAAAUUAUGACGUUCAUUUCGUAUGAACAGCUAAAGGAAAGGCGCGAAAGUUAUGUAAUCGCUGCUUAGUGAUAACCGACCGCUGUUCUAAAACGUCGCGUAUAGUCAGGGAGAACAUUCCUUAGAUGAUGUCGCAGCUGUUCCGUCUCGUGAACAGAAUAGCCGGGAAGCUGAUUUUAAUGUUAAAUGCCACAAAAUAUGUGCAAUUUAUAAUAUUAUCUUGUUUACAAAUGGAAAGGAAAUAUAAAGUAAAUAUAAGAAAUGAAACUAUUUUUUCCGGUGUUCAUGCGAUUCAUGGAUUUGCCAAUCCUAUUCUGUCGUUCAUUUCGCAUGAACAAUGAAAAAAAUCAUUUCAUUUCUUAAUGAAAAGUCUUAAGUAUUGUAAAAGAAAUGUAUAUGAUAUCUUUGUUGUAUUCUAUUUGGAAUUUUUAAUUCUGUUAGAAAUAUUUUUUUUACCUUGGGUUCUGUCACUUGUAUACAUGUUACAACCCUUGUAAAUUCUUGAAUAAAAGUUGCUAGAAUCUCUG